CAAGUUCCAGCUCUAGCAACAUGGUCUCUUCUUGUGGAACAAAUUCCACCAGUAACACAGUUUCUUGUUUCGGAACAAGUUCCAGCUCUAACAACAUGGCCUCUUGUUCUGGCACAAGUUCCAAGUCUAGCAAAGUUCCUGACGUUGUUCGUUGCCUUGAAAGAAAUCCGCCGGCUGUGAACUCAACAUCAGUUAUUCGCCAGCCUAACGCCUCUAGAAAUACCACGCAGGCCACUGUAUCCAGUAUCCACCAACUUCGGGCAGAUACUCCAUCCAGUAUCCACCAACUUCGGGUAGAUACUCCAUCCAGUAUCCACCAUCUUCGGGCAGAUAAUGCCACAUCUCCGGCACAUCAACAAUUACAUUACACAAACUUCAGCAACAGUCUCCAUUCAGAAUUCGACGAAGAUCCUUUACUAAACAAACCCUCUAAACCUAGAACAAACAAUCCCCAACAAAGUGUGUUUGACUUUUCGAAUUUUCAACCAAACCCAGUGGACUUAGAGAGUUUUCAUAAUAGACACGGAACAUCCUCUGAUUUUGAAGAAAUUCUACCAAAUAAAACAGAGAUCAGAGCAAACAUUUCGAAUGUAAAAUCUGCUGAAAAAACUCCAGCACAGUGCGUGUUUUCCUUGGAUGACGUCAUGUCCCCAAAACAGAACCCGAUGGAUCACGUGACCACGCCAACAGCGGAAGCGAGAGCGGAGAAAAGCGCGCCAAAUUCAGCCAGGACUAGCGCAGACGCCAAGCACGACGUGCACCGCCGGGCGAGCGACGCGGGAAUCGCUGUCGUCUGCAGCACCUCCAGCGCGCUGCCCCGGACUAGAUCCUCCCCGUCUAAGCUGGGGACGGAACAUCCUAAAGAGCAUCGCUUCCACAGGCCGUGGAUGUCCCCGAGUGGUCAACACUUGGCGCCAGCCACUAAGAAAGCUGAGACACAAAGCGAACGAUUGGUCAAGGAUGAGAAACACGACCUAACUAGCCAACACCGUGACAGGUCAAAGGUCAAACAGCGGCCCCACCCCCACACAGAACACCCUGACCCAGCAGGCGACGACCAGACGACUUUGAACAUCCGCGAAACUUUUGGCGCGUCUGCUGACAGACCCAGGAAAAAAAUUCACCGUCGGCUGGAGUUUCCCCAUGACGAUAACCUCACACCGGGGGAAGCCCCACACACAUUCUGCUUCCCGGAAACCAGUACUCCGUACAGCCAAUCAGAACGAGUGUUACAAAACUCGGAGCAGCCAAUGAGAAAUCUGGAGGCUGAUGUUGUGAGCAGGGAGAAGCGGGCAUAUGCCGGGGCAGAGCAGGCGGGGCCGUCGAUGUUGCAGACGGGCACCAAAAGACCACGACAAGACAACGAGAUCGACAUCAAGGUGAAGGUUAGUGACGUCAUGCAGGAAACGAGAGAGCUGGGUGAAAAGUUGGAGAAAAUUUACCAAAACACGGACCGGAGCUGCGAAUGCGGGCAGGUGGAACAGGAUGUGCUUGGUGUUGCCAUGGAGAUGUUCAAAAAACUCUGCGAGGAACCGUACACGGGGCCCAACUGGCACGCUGACCUCCACCAGAUCAACCUGACCAUCAAAGACAGCCUUGACAUUGCCCAAAGCCUGCGUCAUCUCUGUCGUCACGGGCGACGGGUCAGCGACGUGCUCCAGGGCAGCGUCCUGAUCCGGGUCAAGUGCGCGACCUUGACCUCCGUGCUUGACCUCUGCGCCAUGGCGGCCAGCGGCGAGCUGCAGGUGCUGCUGUGGACGAUCCUGUGCUGUGGCCAGAUCAAGUUCCAGAGAGGUUUGACCUUGAGCGUGACCUUGGACGCGACUAGUGUCAGACAUUGCAGCCAGUUUCUGUUGAAAACACUUUCACCAUCUGUCAAGUUGAUACCCAGCCAUAGAAAGAAAAGUCCUACUAGUAAAAAAUCUGGCAGUGCAGAGAACUUGGUGACCCAAAUACAGAGUUGCCACCAUCGAUGUUUUAGCACGCCGGUUCUAAGUGAUUACUCCCCUUUGAUGAGUCCCGCGUCUGCGCAGUGUCACGCCAAGAGGGAGAGGAAAUUUUCUUUCGGAGAGACGGCUCGGCGGGCGUUUCAGGAACUCAACCUCUCAGACACAGACACCCCGACGUCCCCCAUCUGCAUCACCCCCAACAGUCACGUGCCCAAACACAUGCGCAGCCCCAAGCUUGUGACGUCACCCCUGUCACGCACGUCACCGCUGACGUCACCGCUGCCUUCGCCCCGAAAAGGAAAACGUUGCGAAAGCAUACAGGAGCAAGAGAACAUUAUCGGCGAUCAUGUGACGCUAUGACGUCACCAGGGUCAUAUUGCAGGCGUGACGCUGUGACGUCAACACGAUCAUAGAACUGCCAAAACACAUGACGCUAUGCUGUCCAUUGUAGGGUGUAUCACUCUAUCAAGAAUGUAUCUUAUGGGAAGUUAAAACUCAUUCGUGCCAGAUCGAGACAACUGUGACGUCAUAACGUCAGAUUUUAAAAAGAAGACACUGUGGAGGCUCUAAAGACAGACACCCAAGUCACGUGCCAUUAAAAGGUUAAAAGUCGGCGAAAAUACCGAAAUUUUAAAAAUAAUUGUAUUAUUGUGUACAUAGUUUUCCAGGCGUUUUGUAAGAGCUUUGUAUUUUGAAGCAAAGUGUGUUUACAUACAUUUUAAGCUUUAACAUGGAGAUUCGACUGCAAUUUUUAACUGGCUUUUUCACUUUUUGUUU